AUGGGUAUUUCUGCCCAAAGCACCUCCUGCCUGGUUCUUGCUUUGGAGGAAUGCAGCCUCGGGGUCUCCCCAGUUCGGCAUCGGGGACCCUUCUAUGAUCUGGUGAGCCCCCCUACCUAUUAAUUUGACUUAAGUGGAGAGGAGUCGGGAGGAUGCAACUGCAAUGCAGGAAAAAGGGGGGUGGGGGCUAGGAGUCCCCUGCGAGGGGGAGAGAGAGGCCCGGAUUUGUGGCUGAAUAGAAAAGAAGAGAGCCCGAGAAGAGCAAGCAAGAUCCUCCUCUCCCCAUUUUCACCCCGCUUGUGCACCUGAUCAUCCUUUCACACGAACAGAACACCCGCAUCAUGAUGCGGGGGAGCGCCGGGCGUGUCGGUCUGCAGCGCGGCGCUGAUUGGCGGAAGCGCGGCGUAAUUUGUGCCAAGAUUCGAAUGGGUGCUCCUUCCCCCCCCCUCCCCGAAUCGCGCAUCCACUGGAGAAGCGCGCGCGCGCCGUUUCAGACGUGCAAGGUUUGACACGCGGUGGGGAGGCUCUUCCGUCGCCCGAGUGCAAAACUGGGGGAAGCUGUCGAUCAAAGGCGGGAGACGCUGGUGGGAAGCAAAAGGGCCUGUGCGAAUCUGGGCUUUAAAGGUUACAGGGCACGGAUUGGGAGAGGAGUCUGGGGGGUUUUGGGGUGAAGGGAGGGUGGAAGCUGGAAAAGAGGAGAGUUGUAAGGGGGAGAUCAGAGGGGUGGGAUCCCUCAUCUUCUGACUCCCAGCCAAACUGAAGGCUUUAAUCCACUAGUCCUCAAGGAAAGGAACUCCACCCACAAAUCUCUAAUUUCUAUAUAGUUUCAAACUUGUCAUUCCGCUGCCUUUUCUUCAGGGUGCGAGGGAACUAGUUGCUAACCCAGAUUUAUCCACAUUUGUUCAAGGAAAAUCUUCCAGCCCUGACAACGUCCCAAUUUUCUAACAAGACAAUGUGUGGGCGCAAAAUAAGAAUAGAUAAAUAUGAAGAAAUCUGGAAGGAAUAUUUAAGCGAUAAGGCGCAUAGUGGUGGGAAGUAAGGGGAGGAGAGAGAGAGAUGUGAAAAUAUUGUUUAAAAAGGUGUAAAGGUAAAGGGUAAGGGGACCCCUCCCCUGACCAUUAGGUCCAAUCGUGGCCGACCCUGGGGUUGCGGCGCUCAUCUCGCUUUAUUGGCCGAGGGAGCCGAUGCACAGCUUCCGGGUCAUGUGGCCAGCAUGACUAAGCCGCUUCUGGCGAACCAGAGCAGCGCACGGAAACGCCGUUUACCUUCCCGCCAGAGUGGUACCUUUUUAUCUACUUGCACUUUGACGUGCUUUCAAACUGCUAGGUUGGCAGGAGCAGGGACCGAGCAAGGGGAGUUCACCCGUCGCGGGGAUUCAAACCGCUGACCUUCACAAGUCCUUGGCUCUGUGGUUUAACCCACAGCGCCACCCACGCCCCCCCCAAAAAAGGUGUAGUCGGAGGUAUAUCAGUGUAUUCUGAAUUGUCAAAUUGUGUUAUUAUUGUUAUGAUGAUAUGUGUCUUUUGCGGUUGAUGUUUGUAUCGAAAAAAAUGGUUAAACAAUUUUUUUAAAAAAGACAAUGUCUUGGCUUUGCAGGACUUGGUAGCGGUGCCUUCAGCCGGCCCCUUGGCUUUGCCUUGAGAAAUUGGCAGGAAAGGAGAGAGCGGUUUACCUGGAAAAAGAUUGAAGAUGGAGAAUCCAGAAACAGCUGGCCGUGAAGCAGGAAGAGGCCCUGGGGCCAUCCAGACUGGGGCCAGCGAGGGAUUAUGGGAAAGAACCACGCAGGGGAUCCCGGGCGAGGAGGUCGUCCUCAGCUCAGAUGCUCAACGCCAGCAUUUCAGGCAAUUCUGCUACCAGGAGGCCGAGGGACCCCGAGAGGUUUGCAGCCGACUCCACCAUCUUUGCCGUCGGUGGCUGGAGCCAGAGAGACACACCAAGGCUCAGAUCCUGGAUUUAGUGAUCCUGGAGCAGUUCCUGGCUGUCCUCCCCCCGGAGAUGGAGAACUGGGUCAGGGAAUGUGGGGCGGAGACCAGUUCCCAGGCGGUGGCCCUGGCCGAAGGUUUCCUCCUGAGUCAGGCAGAGGAGAAGAAGCAGACAGAGCUGCAGGUGAGAGAGGGUUUCAUCCUGGUGCCAGUGUGGUGUAGUGUUUAAGAGCGGUAGUCUCGUAAUCUGGGGAACCGGGUUGGCUUCCCCGCUCCUCCACAUGCAGCUGCUGGGGGACCUUGGGCCAGUCACACUUCUCUGAAGUCUCUCAGCCCCACUCACCUCACAGAGUGUUUGUUGUGGGGGAGGAAGGGAAAGGAGAAUGUUAGCCGCUUUGAGACUCCUUCGGGUAGUGAUAAAGCGGGAUAUCAAAUCCAAACUCUUCUCUUCUUCCAACGUGCCGGAGGCUAUCCUGGCACUCUCUGCAGUUGUCCAAUCUGCACUGAAAAUGUCCCAAAGCCUCUUGACUCUCCCUUUUUGUCACCCUUCCCCACAUUCCCUGUUUCUGGUAAAGGGUCUGUUUUCAGAAGUGGCUCCUGAUUUCCCUGACGCAGAGAAGGCUCCGGUGGGUCCCAGAGAAAGAGAGACGGUCCAGGAGGGUCUUGGAGGUGCCACCUCACUGGGUAAGGCUGAACGGGGCAUCAUCUUGGGCUCCUUCGCUUAUUUAAGGAAUCAAAGGGGUGCCAUUUAUAUAUAGAUAUAUAUACUGUAUUUAUGUUCUUGUUUGGCGAUCACUCGUAGCCGAGUAAGAUUGUCUUCCAUAAACAGAGUCUUAACAGUGAGUCCAUAAGUGAUUGUGGAGGCCAAUUGUGAAUGCAGACAUCCUUCCACAGUGAAGAUACAGGUUUCCGGGCGGGAGUUGAUCAUGGUGAGGGUUUGCCAAGUGAGUCCAUAAGUGACUGUGGAGGCCAAUUCUGGAUCCACACAUCCUUCCACAGUGGGGACAUAGGCUUCCAGGCGGAGUUUCUCCCUUUUGUCCUGAGUUCGAGCGUCUUCAAAGCUCAUGACACCUUUGGUAAAGGCUGUUCUCCAACUGGAGCGCUCGCAGGCCAGUGUUUCCCAGUUGUCGGAGGAGAGAGGAGUCUGUUUCAUCUGACAAGCAGAAAUGCUUUUGCUGGUGGAACAAUUCUAACUGUGCAACCUUGAUCUCCACCCUCGGUGACCACUUAGAGACGUGUCACUUGAACUCUGGGAUGAGCGAGAUCACCUUUGUCUCUCACAGGUGAAGGAAUGAUCCUGACAAGGCCUUCUCAGCCGUCUCUCCUUUACUCCAGAGGGGAAGCAGUUGCUGCGACAACAAAUCAGGUAGGAGGACAGAUCAUUUCAUUCAUUCAUUCGUUUGUUUGUUUGUUAAAUUCAUCAGGGCAGUUCACAACGUAAAAUUACAAUGUUUAAAAACCACAAAUGCACAAUAAAAAUAAUAAGGAAACCAAACCAAUCAUCCUCUCCUCUGAAAGGGCAUUGGAUGGAUGUCAGUCAGCCAAAGGCCUGGUUGAAGAGGAACAUUUUUGCCUAGUGUCUAAAGGUGUAUCAUGAAGGCGCCUGGGGAGCCUCCCUGGGGAGAGCAUUCCAUAAACAGGGAGCCACUGCAGAGAAGGCCCCGUUUUUGUGUUACCACCCUCCAGACCUCUCAUGGAGGCGGCACACAAAGAAGGGCCUUAGAGGACGAUAUUGGGGUCUGGAUCAGUUCAUAUGAGAAGAGGCGGUCCUUGAGGUAUUGUAGGGAGAUAGGCUGGGGUCCACCUAGGUGCCUCUGUUCCCUCCACAACUCCUUGGGCUUGACAAAGAAGAAGAAGAAGAAGUAUACUGCCCUAUACCUGCGGGUCUCAGGGUUCACCAGAUAAAAUCAUAAUAUAAAAACACAAAAUGCAUAAUAAAAUUAAAAGAAAGAACAACCAAAUAAUCCCACCUCCCCAACACAUUUUAAAAGGGCAUUAGAUGUCAGUCAGCCAAAGGCCUGGUUAAAGUGGAAUAAUAAUAGUAAUAAUUUUGAAAUUGAAAUUGAAAUACUUUCUUGUCACUUGUACAACUUGUAUAUUUAUAAAUUUAUUACUUAUAUUCUGCCCAUCUGGCUGGGUUUUCCCAGCCACUCUGGGCGGCUUCCAACAAAAGAUUAAAAAUACAUUAAAACAUCAGUCAUUAAAAACUUCCCUAAACAGGGAAUGGCACACGGGUGGCACUGUGGGUUAAACCACAGAGCCUAGGACUUGCCGAUCAGAAGGUCAGCAGUUCGAAUCCCUGCCAUGGGGUGAACUCCCGUUGCUCGGUCCCUGCUCCUGCCCACCUAGCAGUUCGAAAGCACGUCAAAGUGCAAGUAGAUAAAUAGGUACCGCUCUGGCGGGAAGGUAAACGGCAUUUCCGUGUGCGGCGCUGGUGCUGGCUUGCCAGCUGCAGCUUCGUCACGCUAGCCACAUGACCCAGAAGCUGUACGCCGGCUCCCUCGGCCAAUAAAGCGAGAUGAGCGCCACAACCCCAGAGUCGGCCACAACUGGACCUGGGGUCCAACUGGUCAGGGGUCCCUUUACCUUUACCUUUAAAUGCUUUUGAAUCUCUCCCCUUCUCUUUCCUUAUGUCAAAGCCACCUAGAAGGUGGACUGAGAAUGUUAUUGACAUUAGAAUUUCAAAGUUGGGAGGAAUCUCCCUCCAUGGAUCAUCUUAGCCCAACCCCCUGCAAUGCAGGAAUCUCAGCUAAAGCAUCCCUGACAGGUGGCCACCCGACCUCUACUUAUAAACCUUCAAGGAGGGAGAGGUCACAGCCUUCCCAGGCCAGCAGCUUCUUCCUAAGGUUUAGCUGGAAUUCUUGCAAUUUGAAUCUUUCAGUUUGGGUCCAGCCCUCUGGAGCAGCCCAAGGCAAGCCGGCUCUCCCCCAAAAACAGAGUCCUUUCUGUUGGGGAUAAUUCAGAUGGAAAUUCCCAGGUGUCCAAAAAAAGGUCGCAUAUUUAUGUACACCGCUACUGCGCCCAGUGUUUUGUUAGCCCAAAAACUGAAAACGAGUGAGGUCCCAACGAAAGAAGAAUGGCAACUUAAGUUGCCAGAAUAUGUGCAGCUUGCAGACUUAACAUACAGAAUAAGAGAACAAGAAGAAAAUACGUUUAGAGAAGAUUGGAAAACGUUUAUGGAAUAUAUGGGGAAUAACUGUGUACAGCUGAAAACGCUGGCAGCAUUAAGAUAAAUUCAACAGUGUAAAUAAGUUUUGAUGGAUGCAAUAAUGGCAUGGUUUUUGUAAAAUAUGCAGGGAUUUAUGAUAUGUGAAAUAAACCAUGAAAAGAGAAGAAGGGAAGCCAAUGAUAUUUUAAGGAUGUGAAAAUGAUGGUUUUAAAUUGUAAAACACAAAACUUAAUAAAAAUUAUAAGGCCUACAUUAGCUCCCAGUAUGUUUCCGAGCACAAUUCAAAGUGUUGGUGUUGACCUUUAAAACCCUAAACUGCCUCGGUCCAGUAUACCUGAAGGAGCGUCUCUACCCCCAUCGUUCUGCCUGGACACUGAGGUCCAGCGCUGAGGGCCUUCUGGUGGUUCCCUCACUGCGAGAAGCAAAGCUACAGGGAACCAGUCAUAGGGUCUUCUCGUUAGUGGCGCCCGCCCUGUGGAACACCCUCCCACCAGAUGUCAAAGAAAAAAACAACUAUCAGACAUUUAUAAGACAUCUGAAGGCAGCCAGCCCUGUUCAGGGAAGCUUUUAAUGUGUGACAUUUUAAUGUAUUUUUAAUCUUUGUUGGAAGCUGUCCAGAGUUGCUGGGGAGGCCCAGCCGGAUGGGCGGGGUACAAAUAACAAAUUAUUGUUGUUGUUUAGUCGUGUCCGACUCUUCGUGACCCCAUGGACCAGAGCGCGCCAGGCAGUCCUGUCUUCCACUGCCUCCUGCAGUUUGGUCAAACUCAUGCUGGUAGCUUCGAGAACACUGUCCAGCCAUCUCAUCCUCUGUCGUCCCCUUCUCCUUGUGCCCUCCAUCUUUCCCAACAUCAGGGUCUUUUUCAGGGAGUCUUCUCUUCUCAUGAGGUGGCCAAAGGAUUGGAGCCUCAGCUUCACGAUCUGUCCUUCCAGUGAGCACUCAGGGCUGAUUUCCUUCAGAAUGGAGAGGUUUGAUCUUCUUGCAGUCCAUGGGACUCUCAAGAGUCUCCUCCAGCACCAUAAUUCAAAAGCAUCAAUUCUUCAGCGAUCAGCCUUCUUUAUGGUCCAGCUCUCACUUCCAUACAUCACUACUGGAAUAAAUUAUUAUUAUUAUAUACAAAAACAAGCUGGCUCCAUCUUGCAUGUGACAGCCCUUCAGAUAUUUGAAGAUGGCGAUCGUAUCUCCUCUCAAUCUUCUCAAGUACAUACUUCCCAGUCUCCUUUCCUUGAUGAGCCUUAUGGGUUUUGCUAGUAGAUGGCAUGCUUGCUACCUACAAAGAGGCAAAUAUUUGAUUUUCUCCUGCUUAUUUUAUUCAUUUACACCCCAUAACUACAGACACCUCUCAUUGUCUCCUAGGGUGCAGGAUCCACCUUUGAGGAGGUUGCUGUGUACUUCACGGGGGAGGAAUGGGCUGGGCUGGCUCCUCACCAGAAAGCGCUGCAUACAGAAGUCAUGCAGAAGAACAGCCAUCUUGUCGCCUCUCUCGGUAAGACCCUCUAGCAGACAAUCACAAUUAUUUACAAAUCAUAGGCGCAUUUUAGCAUUUAUUUAUUUUUUUGCAGAAUCUCAAUAUUUUGGUACCUCAAAUCCGUCUUUCCCCUUUUCUAGCAGGGUUGAUCUAUAUUUACCGAUUUGAAGCAAUUAACCUCAUUAGCAGGGUUAUUUGAAGAUUUGUAAGCUGAAACUGCGUUUCGGAAGUCGAACCGUACUUUACAAGGUUGUUAUUGUGCUUCACCAGAUCUUAACCUAUUACAGUAUUUGUAAGAAUGGAUUCCAAAUAUCACUGAAUUUGUCCAUGGCAAGUCUACGUUUAUAUGCAAGUUGUUCAUACCUUAAUAAGCACAAAUACAAAAAUAGAUUAAUUUUUUUCAGGUUAAGAACUGUUUUAUUCGAGUUGGGGAUUUUUACAUACAUUAUAUUAUCUCCUUCCAAUUUUUAAAUUUCCCGUACAAUUUUUAAAUCUUCCUCCCUUCCCACACCACCCCCCAUAUCCAUUGGAAGGGUUCAAACAAUUAUCCUCAGCCACGGACAUAACGUCUUUAGUUUCCACCGAAUGUCUUUUGUUCCAGUAGUUUUUAUCCAUUGAAGAUAGGGGUUCCAUCUGUUCCUUAUCGUGGUGGACUUGAUCUUCCACGUUGUUUCCUGUGACAUGACUGCGACAAUGUCCGACUGAAUCAGUUCAAACAAAUAACUAUUCCAUGCCUCUACUGUCCAUUUUUCUCUAUCUUUUCCAACUUAAAGCUAUCGUUGCCUUUCCUGCUAAUAUCAUAGCUUUGAAGCUAAACUGGUCACUUUUCUCUAUAGCUGUCUUUCCAAGUAUACCCAUAGUUAUGAAAUAAAAGUCUAUUGAAAGCUUCACUUUAAAAAUUUCAUUAAUAACCUUUAGGAUACAAAAAUAGAUUUAAAUACAAAAAAAGAUUAGAGUUAUUGGAGAAUAUAAGAAGUUAUUGGGUGAAACCAUUGGUCCAUCUAGUCCAGUAUUGUCUACACUGGACUGGCAGAAGCUGUCCAGGGUUUCAGGCAGGAAGGCUUUUCCAGCCAUACCUGAAGAUUCCAGGGAUUGGACCUGAAACCUUCUUCAUGCAAGGCAGAAACUUUACCGCUGAGCCAUGCUCCUUCCUCAGAAGCCUGACAAAACAGCUGUGCUGUAGCAAUUGGCCCACUGUCUGUUCUUGCUGGUAUCACCUCUCCAAACUCAUUUCCCAGGAUGCACCAGGGCUCCUUCCACCAUCCUUCAGUUAGCAGGUGGGGGAAUCGGUUUGGACCAGUGAGCCAGGUUGUUACCCGGAUGCACACAAUGAUGCUGAUACGGCUCAGUCAGGAAAGAAAGCCUCUUCUGCCUUCUGGAAGAAGGUACAGGGUUAUAAAGACUAGGACUAGCUGCCUGAGAAACAGUUUCUAUCCAAAUGCGAUUUUUUUUUUUUUGUUUCUUAUUUUAAAUUUUUAAUAAAUUUUAUUUAACAUAAUUAUAGCAAAAUACAUACAAAUACAUACAUAAAUAUAUUUUUCGGAGAAGCACACAUGGUAUAUAAAAAAGAACAGAAAAUAAAAAAGGAAGAAAAUUAAAAAAAAAUAAGAAGAAAAAUUGGAAGAAGAAAAAUUGGGAGAAUUUAUUCCAAAUUUAUUCUACAAAUAUCUCAAUAAUAAAACUUCAUUGAUUGACUUCCGUCGCUUACACUGCACUUCCUAUAUACAUUUUAAGCAAGUGGUAGAAUUCUCGCCUGCCAAAUGCAAUUUUGGUUUUCAACGCAGUGUAAGGAGUCUCUAUGGGAGUAUAUUGUAUUUAAAAAUGGGGUAUCAGAGUUUUUAGGGGGCUAAACAGGUUGGGAUAGCUGGGACAGCAGGCUUGUUGGUUUUUGAAUGUCUGAUGUAGAUUUUUCAAUUUCGUUGUUCUGUAUGGGACAAUGACAAUAAAGAACAAUCGUAUCUGAUUGUUGCAUUUGCUUACCUUGUGAGGUAGGCUAGGCUGAAAGAGAGUGACCGGCCCAGGAUAAACCAGUGAACUUCAGGUCUGAGCUGGGAGCUGAAACAGUGGUCGUUAGAUGUGUGAUAGGAUGUCCCUCCCAUCUAAGCCUUAGCAGUUUUUUCCCUUUAUCACAAGUGGUGGUUCAAGCUGUCCAGUGAUUCAAGACUCUCAUUUCUUCCUCUCUUUUCUCUCCCCAUUGCAGCAGAAGACAUAUGUGAAACCAUGGCGAAAACAGAACUACCCGCGUUGCCACCAGAACAAGGUACAUGUGAAGACUUGGAACAGCAGAGAAGGAAAACAGAAACAAAUCCGAAUGGCUGGAGUAAACCCUCUGCUUCCGAAGGCCGCAACUACCACGAGAUUGCAACAGAUGAAAUAAGAGAAACGAGCAAAUGUUGUGUGUAUUGGGAAUGUUUCAGUUCAGCUCCUCGCGCAGGUCAAAAAACAAACCAGUGCUUGGAAGGCAGAAAGUGCGUCAAUGAGACGAUAACUGCGAUUAAUCAGAUGAUUCACAAAGAGGGGAAACCAUUCCGGUGCGUGGAAUGUGGAAAGCGCUUCAGUCUGAGUUCCAGCCUUGCUUCUCACCAGAUAAUUCACAGAGCGGAGAAGCCGUAUAGGUGCUUGCAGUGCGGAAAGGGCUUCAGCCAGAAAAUUCAUCUCACUUCCCAUCAAAGAACUCAUACAGGGGAGAAACCGUAUCAGUGCCCGGAAUGCGGGAAGAGCUUCAGCGAGAAGGCGAACCUCGCUUCCCAUCACCGGACGCACACAGGGGAGAAACCGUAUCAGUGCCCCCAAUGUGGGAAGUGUUUCAGGCUGAGCUCUACCUUGAGUUCCCAUCAAAGAAUUCACAGGGUGGAGAAGCCCCAUAAGUGCUUGGAAUGCGGGAAGGGUUUCAGCCAGAAGAUUCACCUCACAUCCCACCAGAGAAUUCACACAGGGGAGAAGCCCUACCAGUGCGUGGAAUGUGGGAAAAGCUUCAUUAGAUACUCCAGCCUGACUUCACACCAAAACAUCCACAAAGGGGAGAAGCCAUUUCGGUGCCCUGAAUGCGGGAAGAGCUUCAGUCAGAGUUCCACCCUUAGUUCUCAUCAGAGAAUCCACAGAGUGGAUAAGCCGUACAAAUGCUUGGAAUGUGGGAAGGGCUUCACUCAGAUGAUACACCUCACUUCCCACCAGAGGAUUCACACAGGGGAGAAACCGUACCAAUGUUCAGAGUGCGGGAAGAGCUUCAUUCGAGGUUCGAACCUUAUUUCGCAUCAGAAAAUCCACACCGGGGAGAAACCCUAUCAGUGUUUGGAAUGUGGGAAGAGUUUCAGUCACAAGAUCAACCUCACUUCCCAUCAAAGGAUUCAUACAGGGGAAAGGCCGUAUCAGUGCUCAGAAUGUGGGAAGAGCUUCAGUCAGAAGAGCAACCUUACCUCUCAUCAGAGAAUUCACACACAGGAGAAACCGUACCAAUGCAUGGAAUGUGGAAAGAGCUUCAGCAGUAAGAUCAAUCUUGCCUAUCAUCAAAGAAUUCACAGCAGUGCUUGGAGUAUGCAGUAA